UGGAUAUUGAACACAUACUGCCCUUGAUGUUUAAGGAGCUAUCAACAAAUUAACACGUUAAUUGGUGGCAUGGAACGUCAACCAACGGAACCAAUCCCAGUGAAGAGAGUUACUGUUAAGGACUUAUCUCAAAUACCAUCUAACCAUGGUACAACUCCCGGUGGAACUUUGUUCAGUACUACUCCGGGUGGCACUCGUAUAAUAUAUGAACGCGAUUUUAUUCUCAGCUGUCGCAACUCACCAAUUGCUCAAACCCCUCCAUCUGACAUGAUAUACUUACCAGAAUUAACUCCUUCCAGCUUGCAUAAUGAUAAAACAAUUCAUCCGUGUAAUGGUCAAAAGGUGAAAGAUUCUCUAAAUGUGUCUGAGUCAACAUCAAAUGAUCAUAGCAAACUUAGCAAAGGUAACAUCUGUUGUCGAUGUAUAAUUUUAUUAAUACUGGAUUUUUCAAAUUUGAUUGUGUAGUACUAAUAGCAACACUGCGGAGUGUUCUUAAGAUUAUCACCCAAUAAACAGUUAAUCCAUGCCAUCCAUUAAUUCUAUUUAGGUUAAGAUCCAUUAUAAUGUAGAGGUGGAUUCUUAGUUUCACGCACCUAACCCCUUUCCGCAGUUUGGGAUACGCAGUGAUGACAAUGAUUGCCGCAUACUUAGGCUUUUCCUUACCCAUGUCAAUUGGUCUUCUACCUAUAGUUUAAUAUUUUACUUUGUCUUCAUCGAUCUUGGAAAUCCGUGUGUUUGAGCUGCCACAAAUGAGGAUGAAUCAAGUGUAUUAGGUAAAUCAAAUGAUUUUGGAAGUGUGCGAAUGAUGUCUCUGUUUUAGCAGAAUGUUCUAUUAAAAAUAACAAGUUUAUAGUUUUGGACACAGGACAGAGAGAGUAGAGAUGUUCGGAACAUACGUACUAUUUAUUUUCAAGUGUUCCACGCACAAUCCAAAUCGCAACAACCCAUAGAGUAAUAACAUUGAGAGAAUAUAGACCGAAUAAUUAAGGAUGAUUAUGUCAGUAACUAAAGAGAUAUUGCAAUCCAAACAAAUAAACAAAGUCGAAAAAUCAUAGACCCAAGAUUUUAUGGGGAGAUUAAAUAUGACUACAUCAUGAACCAUUCAUCCACAACCUAAUAGUAACUUGCGAACCCCGACGCGAAAGUUUCCACUUCCCAACAAGGUUUGUAAUAAAAGUGACUGGGUGUAUGGAAUAAUGUCAUUAGUCAGUUUCAUCUUCCGUAGCAUUUUGGUCACUUACGCAGAGUAACUAGCAUUGCAUUUCACGGCAGAUCUUAAGUGACCAUGUGAGAUAGAUAUGUAAAUCGCUUACUCAGUGGAAAUUUUCAACCGAUGUAAUAUUUUCACUUCAUGAUUAUUGCCUAGUCUUGCUUUCACGUAGUAUAACUAAACACUAUAAAUGUACUCAUGUGUUCUGUCUUUGAAAAGCAUGUUUUACGCUUAUAAUUAUUCAGAAUAAAUUAUUUUCCAGUAUAUACCCUUUGAUCGAUUGGCAGAUAGUUCAACGUAUUUUCUCUUUAUGCAUCAUGAGUUUAGUAAACGAGAUCUUGUUAGUCACUUCCUUGCCAUACCUGAUAAAACUCCCAAGUAGAUUAAGUGGCAUGCUCAAUCAAUUUGCUCCUUAUACUAAGCUUUCGAAACACAAUCAGAGAAAAUCUACCGUAAUUUAGAAUAAACAUUCUAAAAAUGUACCAAAAUGGUUGCAAAAACAAAUACAGUCGAAUGACCCAAUAAGAGUAGAGGAUAAACAUCCAUCAUCCUCUGUUGCUAAACAUAUAAUCGAAACAGGUCAUAAGAUUGAUCUUAACUCAGCUUUUGUUGUGUUGUUUAAAAGUGUAAAAGGGCGUAUACUGAGGUUUAUUGAAGCCUUAGCCAUACGAAAAUUCAAACCCCCUUUGUGUAUUCAAAAUCAGUUUGUUCUCUCUUUAAACCUACCCUGGUAAUAAAUGCUUAUUAUCCAGAGUGAUUAGGUGUCAAGUUGUUUUCACAUUAUUUUAUCAUUAUUAUCCUUGUCUAUUUCUUAACCUUAUUACCAGUCUAGUUGACCUUUUAUUUUUAUAUAUAAAUGUUCUUAACAAGUAUAUGUGUGAUCAGAUUGUUCGAAAUGUUUUGCGCUAAUAUAUCACAUAGUUCUGAUAAUCUUCGUCUUCUUAUUACAUUAUCGAAAUUCUAAAAAUAUUUCCCGUUGUGCAUGUAGACAAAAUUUCACUCUUUUCAGUUUGACUCAAACUGGUCUGCAUUGAAUUGUUAUCAGCGUUUCCUACUGAAUAAUCUACUUCGACUAUAUAACAUUAAUAGUUAUCCCAUUCUUGGCUAAAUCGAAUACGUUUAUAUACAUUUUAACACCCAAAGUAUCUUUUCUAAAGGGAUCGCAUUUAGGCUCGUUUAACUCGUAGUUUGUAUUUGUCGUAACUGAUGGAGUUCGGAUGUUUUGAGAGAGAUACGGUUGUCAUCAAUGACAGCUAAUAGUCGUCUCUUUAUAUCGCAAAUUGAUUGAGGGUGUGGAAUUGUGUCAUUGGACUCUGAUAUAACUUUUAGUGGUCAAUCAUUCGUUGCAAGAUUUGAAGGUUUUGCGUUCGAUUCCUGUCGGGAUUAUGGAUACACACUACUGGGGAGUUCUAAACAAGGAUGAAAGAGCUGUUUAUUCGUCCCUGUUGUUCAAUAGAGAACCCCAACUGGUAUCAGUCUGUGACGAGCACAGCUUAUAAGAUUUGUUUAUAUAACUAUUUAUAUUAUAAAUAGUUGAGGCACAACUUUAUUAUCUUCGUCUGUUUCUUUUCAUAACUCUGUCCUGAUUUACAGUGCAAUUAACUUAUUAUCAUGACUGUUUUUAAUUAUUUCAGGCGAAGAUGCACCAUUUGAAAUGGAUGUUUGAGGAAAUAAAUGACGUUUAUAAACAUUUGUAAUUCAGAUAUUCUCUAUUCUUCCGCUUAUGAUCCAUUAUUGUUAUUAUUUUUGUUUUUUUUCAACCAACCUGAAAAACAAGUAAAUAAAUACAUAUCUCUUUUGCACCUUA